AGGACUUACUACCCACGCUGCAAACAUCCUCAUAGAUCUAGUCUUUUGCCAUCGCCGAAGACGUAUGAUAAGCAACAGUGCUACAACUUAAGAUAAGAACAUCUUCAAUUAAGAUUAGAUAGUUAACUAAAUAUGUGCGGAAUUUGGGCGAUAUUUGGGAUAGCUGAUAGCAUCAGUGAAAAAUGCUCUUCGGCGUUCAAGAAAAUCACUGCCAGAGGUCCGGAUGCCUGGAGGAUCGAGUACGACAACAGAUUAAAGAACUGCUGCAUAGGAUUUCAUAGAUUAACUAUAGUGGAUUGCACUUACGGUAUGCAACCGAUGCGACUUCACCAAUACCCGAUGACCUUGCUGAUUUGCAAUGGAGAAUUGUAUAACUGUAAAAAGUUGAAGGAAGAAUUUGGAUUUAAAUAUGAGACCAACAGUGACGUUGAGUGCAUCCUGCAUUUGUACAAGAAGUUCGGCACCGAAUGCACCAAGUAUUUGGAUGGAGUCUACGCUUUCUGCAUCGUUGACAUGGAAAGCAAGAAAGUGAUUAUUGCACGUGAUCCGUACGGCGUUCGUCCCAUGUUCCGUUUGCGCACAAAAACUGGCGUGCUGGCCAUCUGUUCUGAAGCGAAAGGUUUGGUUCCGAUCACUGAUGAAUUGAACGGCGAGAAGAAGGUGAUCGAACCGUUCAAGCCGGGAACCAUUGCCGAAUACAGCCUGAGCGACGAUGGAAAGGCGACUCUUGUCAUGGAGAAGGUGUUCCAUAAACCUGGAGAGAGGAUGCUCAAAAGGCCAUUCAUUGCGUACGAAGAUGUUGUUCCGAACGAUCAUUUGGUCAACAUCCGGAAACUGUUUGAGAUGGCUGUGAAGAAGCGUUUGAUGGCGGAUAGGCGUCUAGGUUGCUUACUUUCCGGUGGUUUGGACUCUUCGUUAACCGCUUCGAUUUUGGUGAAGGCCGCCAAGGAAGCUAACAUUCCUUACAAGAUUCAGACCUUUUCGAUUGGUAUGAGGGAUAGCCCCGAUUUGGUCGCGGCUAGGGAAGUCGCCAAGUUCAUUGAUACUGAACAUCAUGAGAUUACAUUUACCGAGAAAGAUGUCGAAGAUGUUCUGGAUGAAGUUAUUUAUACGCUCGAAACACCUGACAUUACUACGAUUCGAGCUUCUAUUGUCAUGUAUCUAAUUGCUAGGUACAUUAAGAAGAACACCGACACGACUGUUUUGUUCAGCGGUGAAGGCGCUGAUGAAGUGGCGCAAGGCUAUAUUUAUUUCAAAGUCGCGCCCAACGCCGAGGAGGCUUACAAAGACAGCAUUAGGUUGUUGGAGGAGAUUUAUUUAUUUGAUGGUUUGAGAGCAGACAGAACCAUCAGUUCUCAAGGAUUGGAGCUUAGGGUUCCGUUCCUUGAUGUUCAAUUUUCCGAGUACUAUUUGAGUUUACCCAAAGAGAUGAUUCGACCCAAAGAUGGAAAGUUUGAAAAGUAUCUGUUAAGAUCGGCGUUCGCCGAUCAGAAUGUGCUCCCCGACAGUGUCCUCUGGAGACACAAGGAGGCCUUCAGCGACGGCGUGACAUCUCGAUCCAAAUCGCUUUUCCAGAUCCUGCAGGAACUGGUGGAGAAGCGCAGGCCGGAGUUGACGUUCAACGAGGAUUCGGCGAAGAGCGUGUAUCCUCACUGCACGCCCACAUCCAAAGAAGCGCUGUAUUACCGCGAGGUGUUCGAGAGUCACUACCCGAAUUGCGCGGAAUCCUUCAUCCCUUACUAUUGGAUGCCCAGGUGGUGCGAGGGCAUUACAGAUCCUUCCGCAAGGUUCAUCACGCAUUACGCGGCUGAAACGGAAACGGCGAAGAGAGAAUAAAGAAUUGAAUUGUUUUAUUUACUUUUGGGAACGUUGAUGGUGGGAGAUGGCGAUGACUAUUUUUGACGCCAUUGUUUCAAAAACUUUUGUGAUAUCUGGUAAUGUGUUGCAUAUUUUUGCAAUUAUCCUACUUUGAAACGCGAUAUCUCAAUAUUUUAUAAGUAAAUCACAAUCAUUUAUAGACGUAUUUAUUGCCUUAUCCACUCUAGUGCCCUAGAUCCGAGAAAAUGUUAGGUUAGGUGUAGUUCUUCUUCCUUCCCCUUUUUCAUUUGGCUUCCGCAUUGCGCGCCACUGUCUACAUUCGGAACACAAACUAACUUAUACUUCGGAUUACUUCUUCCGCCCUACUAAUUAAAUUAACCAGCUUCUCCCAUGAACCAAAACUUCCUUCUUCAGCACGACUAAUCAAAAUAAAGAACUUAUUCUAACUCAAC